CCUUCAUCCGUAUCUGCACAAGUAUCUCAAAAUACUUUUUGUGAGCUGGCGGCAGCCGAUUUUUUAACAACCACUUACUCGUCUCUCUCUCUCUCUCUUUGCAUUCUCCCCUUUGCUUGCCUGACUGCCUGUGUCUGUCUUGUCAGAAUAAGGACAGGGCAUGUCUGGGGUCCUGUCACUUACAUGGAUAAAAACGGGACGAUGACCAUCGAUUGGAACGAGUGGCGGGAUUAUCACCUCCUGCACCCGGUGGAGAAUAUUCCAGAAAUUAUCCUGUACUGGAAACACUCAACGAUUUUCGAUGUCGGGGAGAAUCUCACCGUCCCGGAUGAAUUCACCAUAGAAGAGAGGCAGACGGGGAUGUGGUGGCGCCACCUGGUGGCAGGAGGAGGUGCCGGCGCUGUAUCCAGGACCUGCACAGCCCCCUUGGACCGUUUGAAGGUGCUCAUGCAGGUCCACGCUUCUCGCAGCAACAAUAUGUGCAUCGUCGGAGGAUUUUCUCAAAUGAUCCGUGAAGGUGGCACCAGGUCUCUUUGGCGUGGCAACGGCAUCAACGUCUUGAAGAUCGCCCCGGAAUCAGCUAUCAAAUUCAUGGCGUACGAGCAGAUCAAACGCUUCAUCGGCACAGACCAAGAGGUGUUGAGGAUUCACGAGAGGCUGGUGGCCGGCUCGUUGGCUGGAGUCAUUGCACAGAGCAGCAUUUACCCCAUGGAGGUUCUGAAAACCCGGAUGGCCCUGCGUAAAACCGGGCAGUACACAGGGAUGCUGGACUGCGCAAAGAACAUCCUUGCCAAAGAAGGACUAGGUGCUUUCUACAAGGGCUACAUUCCCAACAUGCUGGGGAUCAUCCCGUAUGCUGGGAUUGACCUGGCUGUUUACGAGACAUUGAAAAACAGCUGGUUGCAGCGUUACGCCGUGAACAGCGCAGAUCCUGGCGUCUUCGUCCUGUUGGCCUGUGGCACCAUGUCAAGCACUUGUGGGCAGUUGGCCAGCUACCCUCUUGCUUUAGUACGGACCCGAAUGCAGGCUCAAGCUUCAAUCGAAGGGGCCCCGGAAGUGACCAUGAGGGGCCUCUUCAGGCACAUCCUGAAGACCGAAGGCGCCUUUGGGCUCUACAGGGGCCUGGCCCCCAAUUUCAUGAAGGUGAUCCCCGCCGUCAGCAUCAGCUACGUAGUCUACGAGAACCUGAAGAUGACUCUGGGGGUGCGGUCGCGAUGACCACCAAGUGGCCUCUGGGACUCCUUUUAAACCAAACCUGGGAGCGAACAGCUCUCGGGUGGACGGCCGUUUCAUUCUGUGAAUGGGUUGAAGACACUAAUAAGUCGUGCGAACCAAGCUGUGAUGCCCCCAGACCCAGAAGGGCGGGGGGGAACUGGGGGG